GAACGUUGAGAAUUUUGAGUUGAGAGAAAAUAAACAUUUAUUCAAAUAAAAUAACAAACUCAAUAGUCAAUUUUCAAGUCACCUGUUACCUAAAUUUAAAAUGGAAGAGAUUGAAGAUGAUGAAACAUUCUACUCAGAAGGAGAUACUGGUAUAGACCCAGAAAAAAGGAAAAGGCGGUCAUCUAUUCUUAAACAGAAGCUUGGCAAUCAAAGUGACUACUUUCCAGAUAAUGUAUCAUGUAAAGCUUCAAGGCGUGUUAGCUUUGCUAGCAGCAAUUUUGUAAAGCCAUUUGCUGCAGACCCUGAAAAAAAUACAAUUUGGGACAAUACUUAUGAAGAAGAAGUUAACCACACAGAUUCAACAAAAUCAAGUGAAGAAACACAAGGUAGUCAUGCUUCAAGGCAAAUGAAUAUGAGUUCCUUUCAAAUAUGGGAAAGCAAGUCAGUGCAAUAUGUAAUACCAGCAAGUGUUGAUCAAAGUGAUAAAGAAAAUUUUGUACCAAUUAUCCCAGCUACUUGUAUCAAUGAUACCAAUUUGAACCAAACUGAAAUGGAAUUUACUGGAAACUAUGGGAAUUGUUAUCCAGAUCCUACUAAAAUAAGUCUGGUGGAUUAUGUCAGAAAUAAACAAGCAAGCACAGAUCCUACUAAGAUGAAUCUGGUAGAGCAUGUGAGAAAUGAACAGGCAGCUAGAAGGUCAUGUGAUGUUUCUAUGUUUGAUAUGUCAUUUACAUGUGAUUUUCCAAGAAUACAGCAAGGAAUGAAUGAAACUGUUGUAGAGGACAUGGAUAUUUCUCUACCUAAUGAUCAAGAAGUUGAAAUGGAGUUAACAACCAUUUCAAAUACAAAUUUGAUAGUGAACAAUAGGCUUAGAGAUAUCAACAUUACCAAUAAUAGUACUAGUUUGAAAUGUAAAUUAAAUGAAACCAAAGUUGAAUCUAUUGAUAUGGAAUUUACAUCAAAUUUGACUAGUAUUGUGAAAAGUCUCCACACUUUAGUUCAAAAAGAUGAUGAUUCUUCAGUAGGUAUGGAGUUUACAACUCUUCAAGCAGAUGAUAACUGUUCUGAAAAUAUUGAUAUGGAAUUAACUAGAAAUUCAACCACUUCUCAAGAGAACAAAGUAUCAGAUUUCAAUAUAAUGCAAGUUGUGGAAGUUCAGGAUAAUAAAGGGGAACUCAUGUUUAGUGAACAAGCCUUGGACAAAGCUAUUGAUGAAACUGAAAAAUGCAGUAAUCCUAAACAAAAAUCAAUUUUGAAAAAUACUUCUAUCAAAUCAUCUCUCAAUAAGGAAAUGAUGAUUUCAAAUGAGGUUCAGGUUUCUAUAGAUAAAAAUGAGAAAAGUUGCACAAGCCUAAAGGUUGGAGAACUUCCUUCAAAUUCAAAAGAAGGCAUUGAUUAUGAAAAUAAUCAACAAAAACCUAUCAGUGUUCACAUCUCUAAAAUUUUUGAGAAUAACAGUGAAGUGUUCACAGACAAGAAUAAAUUACAAAAACUUAGUGUUGAUGAGAACAAACCUCUUACUGAAACCUCACCAGUGCAAUGCAAGAUAGCUGUAGAGGAAGCUCUCAGAGAUGAAGAUCAAGCUGGAAAACCUACAAAUAUCUUGUAUUCUCAGCCUAUCAAGUCAAUUUUGAAAAGAAAUGAUCUUUCAUGCAAUGUUGUUACCCCCACUAUGUCUUUCAUAAUGAGCCUGAGCAGUAUGAGCCCAUGUGCAGAAACAACACAGCAAUUGAUACAAGCUAAAUUUUCAAACCCUGAAUUCCCUGAAUCUAUCAAUAUUCUAUUGAAAGGCAAAAAUGCUGCAGCGAAAAUCAAUGGCGAUUCUACUGCAAAUGAAUCGGAAUCAAACGAAAUGUUGUCAAAACCUAUCAGGCCUUUGGAAGAUUCAAAAAGAGAAUUGCCAGUAGACCCCCACAACAUUGAGACCAGUUGGAACAUGAUACAACGUGAUAAUACGCACCCAAUGAUCAUUGACGAUAAAACUGCAGAAGAAAUCAACCCGCUCGAAAAACAUUUCCAAACCAUCCAUGAAAUCACGCCCCCCAUUAUCAUCGACGAGAAUAUAUCUCUCGUCGAAAACACUCCAGAACAAAUCACCCCGCUCAAAAACCAUGACACCAUGAAUGUGUCUAUCGUCGAAAAAACCCCAGAAGAAAUCAACAGCUCCUUGGGAAUCCUCGACAGCUCGAACAAUUACUCCAAUUACACCCUCCGAAGCAAGAAAGUGGUGAAGAACAUCGAUAAGUACCUGACUACCAUACACAUCGACUACGACGACUCGGAAUCGGAAAGAAUGUGCGACAUGCUGUGCAAUGAAUAUGCGGCAAACAUCGUGGCCCUCGAAGGGUGCCUCGGGAAUUUUCGUUUUCCGGUGUUCGAGGUGGCAGACUUCGAGGAACUUCGCAGAGAGGUCUCGGAAGAGUGGUCUUCCAGCCAGUCGAGCGAUGGGGCUCUGUACGACGGCGAACAGUGCCAGAAGAGGCUCUCUAUGCCUGAUGUGGUCGCUCCGAUGUCGUUGGACGAGAGGGUUUGCGACGCUGCACAAAGGAGCGAGAAAUAUUGGCAAUUCGUAAAAUCAGAUGGAAACUAUUACUGCUUCUUUGGUUGCUUUAGAGCAGUUCCAUUCAAAGUUCACACACAUCCAGACUUGGGAAAAGUUUAUGGCGUUCAAACCUACAACAACUUAUUAGAUGAAUCUAUUGGUCUUACACAUUAUGAGGCGAAAGUGUUUCAACUGAAACUGAGACAAGAACACUUACUGCCUCAUUUGGGAACGAACUUUGAUCUGCUCACUCUAUUAGACUAUGUCUGUUUGUGUACAGAAGAGAUAGAAAAGUUUCACUUGGAGUUUUGGGAUUUGGUUAGGAAAUACGGACAUUCUCAUAAGUUAACGAUGCAUCCUGACAACAGUGUCACAUUUGAAAUCUUGCACGUGGAUUUCAUAAUUUGGUGGAAAAUAUCCGUGAAAAUGUCGACCCUUAACUUGGGACACGCGGAUUCAGUGACGGCGACUCACGAGUUGCAAGAAAAGGUCGACGAGGGGCACAUAAAAAGCAUCGCCGAAAAUUGCGUGACAGGACUGACGUUUCUGAGAUGUUUCAUCGAAAAGGUCGAUGAGUAUGUGCAGAGGAUAGGCAAGAAAAUUAUGAUGAAGAGAGAGGCCAGACUAAAAUAUAGGGAAUUCUAGAAGCCAGACUCAAAUGUAGAAAAUUCUGAAUGAAAGUCUAAUUCCGGUU